AUGUUUGAGGGAGUAAAAUCUCCAUACGGCGAGACAGUCGUUGUGACCCUGGAGUCUCUAGCCGGAGAUGAUUUGUCUGCGGGUCUAUCUACCAAGACGAUUCAACGCUGCGCUGAGCAAUACAGAUAUCGAUCCCUACAACAACGGAAUUCAGGCUCAGAGUAUGUACCUUCUAAUAAUGAAUCAGAUCCUGAGGAUCCUGUUGAUGAAGUUGAAGCAACUAAUGAUGAUGGUGGCCCUGGUGUCCUGAAAAAAUCUAGAAAAAGGAAAAGGAACAUAAAUAAAAAAGACAUGAGGAAAAUUAAAAGAAAUAGUGGUAAGCAAUAUACUACCAAGAAAGCCUGCAGAAAAGCCAUGGACCCCUGCUUAAGAAAGACUACCAAGCCAAUGAAGCCAGUGGCAGGCAUCAAAAGAUCUAAACUUCAGGAGGCGUUGACUGGAGGUAUUAAGAAGACGAAAUCAUCAACUCCUUUUGAAACCCUUGUCAACAAGACUCUGUCGCAGCCGGGAUCCUCUUCUUCUGCUUUAUCUGACGAUGCAAAGAAAACAACUACAAUAUCUACUCAAUCUUCCCAAGAGCCUGGAUCUUCCCUUGCCACCAAGACUCUGUCGCAGCCGGGAUCCUCUUCUUCUGCUUUGUCUGACGAUGCAAAGAAAACAACUACAAUAUCAACUCAAUCUUCCCAAGAGCCUGGAUCAUCCCUUGCCGCCAAGACUCUUUCGCAGCCAGGAUCUUCUUCUGCUUUGUUUGAAGAUAGAUUGAAGAAAUCUUCUUCUGGUAACACUUCGUCGAAGAAACGGUCUGAUUCAUCGUCUUCCUCUUCUUCUUCUUCGUCAUCAUCUUCCUCGUCUUCUUCAUCGUCCUCGUCCUCUUCUUCUACGUCAUCGUCCAAAAAUCAAACAAUUAAGUCCCCUCUAUCCAUGCUUCUCUCUCCCAUAAUUCUCUCCUUGCUAUCUCCUAUUAAAUCUCCAGAAAAGCCAUCCACUCCCAAACGUAAGCCAUCUCCAAAACCUCAAACACAUAGCCUAACUCUUCCUAAUUUAAAUUCCUCCUCGAACCAAAUGCCUGACAUAGAUUCUCCUGAAAUUACCAUUCCAAAACCCCCACCCAAAUCCCUCCCUGCUGCACCCACCGUUGUUAGAAAACUCUUUACUAAAACUGAAUCCUCAAAAGAAUCCCUUCCCUCCCAUUCAAACCCUUCUGAAAAAUUGGUAAAACUCAUGGCCAAAAGACGAGCUGCAUUUAAGCCCAAGCCACAAUGUUCUUAUAUUUUCCAAAAAGGGGUGAAAAAAGGUGAGCGUUGUGAAAAGUCCUGCUUUUCCGAUGCUAAUGUGUGCAGCCUCCACACUGAGGGGAAAAGCAGGAUGGUACCCACUCAACCUAAAAUUAUUAGCAGCAAACCUGUCGCUACCAAUCCUCAGUCAUUUGAAAGACCAUCAAUAAUCGUCAAAAGCCAGGCUCAGGGAAAAUCUUGUACAUCUGAUCCAACACCGAGCACCUCACGUGUUGUUGUGAUAGACAAGAUUUUGCGUAGCCAACCACGAACGUCAGGCUUUGCUCGACCCUGUCGUCCACCACAAAUUCAAGCGAAAAAAACCAGAAUUGAUAGGCUACCCAAAAACCGUCAGCGGGUAGAGAUCAGGUGGUGCAGUGUGUUGUUGUGCAGCGUUGGUCAGACUCAGCAGAUGACGUGGGGUCGCCGCCGUAGUAGAGCAGAUGACAGGAGGUCAGGUUCUGAUGACGGCGCGUUGUGGACUCGUCACUCGUUGGCGUUGUCUCUGUUGAGCUGA